UCGUAUGUUACUAUGCCGAUAACGUGGAAUGUAACCGUUAUUGGGCCGAAGAAACUCCUCUGCGAGCUUGACGUGCUGUCAUUUUAGUUUUUUACUCUUAUUUAUUCAACUUUAUUCAGCUAUGCGCCAUUCACUGCAAUAGAAUGGCCUAAGUCUAGAUAUACCCACAUAUGUAUGAAACGCGAUAGUCUAAGAGCGCAACGGUUGUUUAAUAAAAGUGGAACUAAAGUGAAACAUCAUCUUUAGCUGAGAAAUUUGAUCGUUAUUAUGGUUUACGUGCCGGCACCUAGUUUUUCUGUCUACCGUCCUAUAAUAUAUUGAUGAACAUCCAAAAUAAACCUGCAAAACAUAAAACUUUCCAAACUCUUCCUGAAGACUGUUAAUUUCCUUAGAUUGUAAUUAGUUUAUUUGUUAGUAUAAAAAAAUAAUAAUUUGGGCAGUGAUACCGAAGGGAAGAUGCCAACAAGCGAGAGAGAAUCAAAAGACGGACAAGCUAUUUAUUUAUUAAUCAUUUAGUAUAAUUAACGAUACAAUAACCAUAUACUCCUAUAUAAAUUAUAAAUAUAUUUUAAAUUGAAUUAAUUAAAAAAAAAAAAACAAUCGAAACGGAAUUGCUAUUUAUGAAUUAUUUUUAAAAUACGAGAUUAAUGUAAUAUUGAUGGGCCGAACAUGGAAAACAUGUCUUCGAAUGUGUCUCUACGGAAUAAACAGAGGAAAGAUAAUCUUAUCACGAGGAAACAGGAUAAGUCGCCGGAAAAGACCAUCAGAGGAACUAGGGGAGCCUACAGGGCGGUCCCUUCCACUUCGAAGAGGAACGAUGAGGAGGAAACGGGCUCCACGGAAAGACUGGACAGACCAAAGAAAUUCAUAUCUCAGAAUAAAACCAACUACGGUCUGGGGAAGAGGCCAGACUUCUUGCUUAAGAACAGGAACGUGCAUUUAGCGUCCUCUCGCUAUGGACAGAUGACCUCUGGGCUUCACGGGCACGGCCACCAGAUCCCGCAGCCUCCCGCGCACCAUCUAGACCCCGCCGCUGUGAUCCCCACCAAGGAGAAAACAAUACACGGGAAAGAAAAGACGUUUAAAGUCGUGGUGGGCGGAGGGGAGGUCGGCGUGAUGAAGGCUCCGGUCCUGGGUCCGAGGCCGUACAAUGCGCUCGCCAUCAUCCACACUCAGCAGAGCAACACCUUUGAUAUGCUCAACUCGAUGACCACAAGCGUAGCGAGUCAGCCCGUGGUAGGCGGGUUCCGCCGGCGUAGCUCGGGUCAGGGCGCUCUCUGCGACCCUGAGCUGGAUGAUAGCGGGAACAAGCUGGUCGCCAGGCUGGAGGACGACGCCUUCAUAUCCGAACAGGAUCUGGAAGAGAACAUCCAGAUAGCGACCGGCACGCAGGAGGGUCUCCCCCGCCACGGCGCCGCCGCUGAUGAGGGGCAGCCCCAAGAGCCUCAGAACGGUCUAGAAUACGGUCCUAUUUACGAGCUGGAGAAGCUUGAAGAGAAAGACAAACAGAAGCAAGACAAGGAAGAUGAGGAGGAGCCGAUCGGAGUAUCACCGUGCGGCAGGUUUUUCAAAUACGACAAAGAAGUCGGUCGCGGUUCUUUCAAGACCGUCUACCACGGACUCGACACCCAGACCGGCGUCGCCGUUGCCUGGUGCGAGUUACUCGAGAAAAAAUUGAACAAGACGGAGCGUCUGCGUUUCCGCGAGGAGGCCGACAUGCUGAAGAAGCUGCAGCACCCGAACAUCGUCCGCUUCUACAACUACUGGGAGGGGACCGUCGCCAAGAAGAAGAACAUCGUGCUCAUCACCGAGCUCAUGCUCUCCGGGACGCUCAAGGCCUACCUCAGAAGAUUCAAGCGAAUCAACCCGAAGGUGUUGAAGUCGUGGUGCCGCCAAAUACUCAAGGGUCUGAAUUUUUUACAUUCACGAACUCCGCCUAUAAUACACAGAGAUCUGAAGUGCGACAACAUCUUCAUCACCGGCACGACGGGCAGCGUCAAGAUCGGGGACCUCGGCCUCGCCACGCUCAAGAAUAGGAGCUUCGCCAAGUCUGUCAUCGGUACGCCCGAGUUCAUGGCGCCGGAGAUGUACGAGGAGCACUACGACGAGUCCGUGGACGUGUACGCGUUCGGCAUGUGCAUGCUGGAGAUGGCCACCGGCGAGUACCCCUACAGCGAGUGCAACAGCCCCGCGCAGAUCUACAAGAAGGUCGUCUCGGGCGUGAAGCCUCAGAGUUUGGAGAAGGUCACCAUCCCCGAGGUGAGGGAGAUCAUCGAGUCGUGCAUAAAGCCGAAUAAAGUUGAUCGGCCAAAAGUGAAAGAUCUGCUAAACCACGAGUUCUUCGGCGAAGACAUUGGACUUAGAUUGGAGAUAGUCGACCGAGACCUGGUCACGUCCUCGGACGUAACCAAAAUACAGUUCCGUCUCAAGAUCAUCGACCCCAAAAAACGGUCGUACACGCACAAAGAGAACGAAGCGAUACAGUUUGAGUUCGACGUGGAGCACGACGACUGCGAGGAGGUGGCCAACGAGAUGGCCAAGACCGGCCUCAUCAUGGAGGAGGACACCAGAAUCGUCUCCAAGCUGCUGAAAUCGCAACUCAUCAGCUUAAAUCGUGAACGGACCGAGAAGAAAGCUCAACUUUUGUUCAACCAAGAAGUCAUGAUCGAACAGAAUCGACAACAACAGAUGUUUGAGCAACAACUUCGACAGAUGAAGAUGAUGCAGAAUCAGCAGCCUGGGCCCGUUGAACAAGUGAAGAGUGGCCUGCUGAACGGAGUGGGGCCCGCGCCUCUAGCAGCCGUCCAGCUAGGCCAACAAUCCCAACUCCUGCAGGCUCAGCAGCAACUGCUUCAGCAACAGUUCCACCAGCUGAACAACGAGGAGACCGCCAUGAAGCUACUGCAGCACAACCUGAUGCAGGCCAGGAUGUCGCCGUCAGAACAGCAUCUGCAGCAUGCGCUGCUCGAGCAUAAGCUGAAACAGCAAGCCCUAAUGGAGCAGAAUCUCUUAAACCAGCACAUGCUGGAACAAACCGUCCAAGGUCAGGUGUUGAUGGAACAACAAACCCAGCAGAUCCUCGAACCGACAGUUUCGCAGAAUCAGAUUCAACCGAACCUCCUCAACCAGCAGCUGACCGCCGAGAUCAACAACCAGAGUCAAGUCUUACAGCAGCAGAUUAUCCAGCGGCAACAGAACAUCAUUGCUCAGCAGGCAGCCGCCAUCCAGCAGAAGCAGUUUGAAGAACAACUGACAACACAGGAGCACAUCAUGAACGCUCCCCAGUCCGUCGUCAACAAUCAGAUCCUAGAUCCCUCCUUGCAGAACUUACAGAAUAUUUUAGCUCAAAUCAUUCAUAGACCAGAAACGUUGCAAACAAGAAAGGAGUCUGAAUCUGAAACCCAACCCCAAACUCAAGCGCAGACCGCGGUGCCACCCAUGCAAACAGAAAACGAACAACUUCAGGAGCAAGAGCUGAAACAGAAGAUGCAAAACUUGAUAGGGAUGCAGAUGCAGCAACAAAACGUAUCCAUACAGCAGAACCAACAAUACGUUCAGCCGAUGUUGACGGCCGUGGAUCCUGCUAUAUUCGCACAGCAGCAGCAAGUGGAACAAGCCCAGCAGCAAGUCGCGCAAGUGCAGCAGCAACUCAAUAUGCAGAAGCAAAUGCUGGCGCAACAACAGUAUGCGUUGCAACAGCAAAUGCUUAACCAACAGCACCUGUAUAUCCCCGGACAGACGCUCUCCCCGCAGCACUUGAGAACGUUGCAGCAGCAGUAUUUGGCUCAACAAGAGUGGCAGAUGCAGGCGCAACAGAAGUACAUAGACCCGCAGAAUAUUGCGUAUUUGGCCCAGAAACAACAACUAAUCGGUCAGCAACAACAGAAGAUGGAGGAGAUGUUGCGAGCCCAACGGCCCAUGUACCAGAGACAAGCGUCAGAGCAGAGCCAGAUCAGUUCCACCACAGACGUACACGACCAGCAGAUGAUGAUGCAGGACUAUCAGAAGCCAGCCCUACAGCAACAAGUGUCAGUCGAUCAGCUACAGUACCAACAUCAGUAUUUGGAUCUGCAGAAACAGACUCUUCAGUCUGAGGACCCCUACCACCAUAAAGUGCAUCAGAUGCAGGGGCAGUCUCUUCCUCACAAUUUGCAAAUGGCGCAGAACUUCAACGUUGUCCAACAGGACAGGCAGAUAUCUAGUCACGAGGGAACGCCCGUGCAGAACUAUACUUCGAAUCCCCUGCAGAUGUACCAGCAACAAAACCAGCAGAUGCAGAUGAUGCAGUCGUCUAUUCCGUCCUCAAUGGCGCAGACCAUGCAAGAUAAUGUGCAGAAAAUGAGCGUCGCACAAAGUAUUCCUCAACAAAUGACCCAGCCCAUGCACACGCAGUCCGUGCCUCAACCGGUCCAGUCGAUGCCUCAGCCCGUGCAAGCGUUGCCUCAACCGAACCAACCCAUACAGCAUUCCAUCUCGCAGCCUGUUCAGUCGCUCCCGCAGUCCACACAGGGGAUGCCGACGAUGCAGCCCGCAUCCAUGGCUCAGACUAUGCCAAUCCAAUCCAUGCCUCCGCCCAUGCACUCAGUUCCGCAGACCAUGCAAACUGUCCAACAACCCGCUCAGGUUCUGCCUCAAAACGCUACGAUCUCCCAACCUUUGUCGCAGCCGCAGCAGGUUCCAUCCAUCCCGCAGUCCCAGGCCAUCCCGCCAACGCAACUCAUCAGUCAGCCGAUACAGUCGAUACCGGCAGCCCAGUCGCACCCGACUCCGGCGCAUCCCCAGCCGAUCCCAUCCCAUCCCGCGCCGCAUGAGUCGGUCCCCCAGAGGUUGAACUUGGAAGAGACCGGCUUCCACGUGAACGGUGGUCAAAAGGAGCAGUUCCUAACUCCAAUGACGGACGUACCCUCCAGCAGUGUACCCGCAGAUGCAGUCAGACAGUCAGAGUUGGGUUCCGUUGAUGAGAAACAAGCUGACACACCAGCCGAAGGCACAGCCAUUUCAUCGCCGGUAACCAACGAGAAGAAAUCUCGCGGCUCGAAGAAGCGUUCCCGGGAGAAGGACAAGCUCCCGAAGCUGACGGUGCUGGAGGUGAACGAGGCCGGGACCGGGGUGGAGUGCCAGCUCGAGUCCAAGUCCAAGACCGUCACGUUCAAGUUCGACGUCACCGACGUCAACCCGGAGGAGAUCGCCAGCAAUCUCGUGUCGAACAACCUGCUCCCGGAGUGGCAGAGCGCGACGUUCAUGGAGCUCAUCCGCGACAUCGUGCGGCAGCUCAUCGCCGACCCCGCCGCCACGCCCGUGCUCAGCCACGCGCACCACUCCGCGCUGCGACUCAACAUCGAUAAGACUGAUUACGAUUCAGAAACGACUGAGCGAGAAGAGAACCUGACGGACUCGAACCAGGACAACUCGGAGUGCACCACGCCGACCGCGAGCCACGACAACAUCGCCGCGGAACUGGCGUACGAUCCUCCCGAACAGAAGACUGAAACCCAAGCGGAACCGCGGGCUGAACCCGCGCCCGAACGAGUCGAUACUCUCGCCAGGAAGAUCAGCACCGCCUCGUCUAUAGGCUCCAACCAGUCGGACGGCGGAUCGACGGCUCCUGAACGGUCCGGCAGUACUGAGUCCCAGAGCAGCGACCGGAAACCGUUCAAACCCACAAGGAAGAUAUCCAGAUUUCUAGUCAGUCCAGUAGUGGACCGCGGGGAGAAUCUACCCGAGGAGAAGACUGUGAUACCGGAGCCUGAGAGACUUCAGGAUCUAGCCAAAGAACUGAGGGAGGUGCAGGUCAACGGCCUGCCAGAGACACAAGUUCCUACCUACCAGCCCGAGAGGGUCGAGCCAGUACCGGAACCAGUUACUAGCAUACCGAUGUCGGUACCGGUAUCCAGCGUGCCCAUCCAGAAUGUCAUCAACCCGAUGAUGCUGCAGCCCAAUUUGACGACGCCCCUGCAGAUUGCAACGGACAGUCCUCUGCUUGGUCUAAGUCAAGCGGGCACGCCCAUGGGCAACGACCUCGGCCUUAAUGUUCUUGGAACCGGCCUGGUCGACCCCGCGAGGGCACCGGCCCCCCAGAACAUAAUCCCAACACCCGGGGUCGCUGACACCAUGCCUAAUGCUGAGAACAUACAUAGGAUGUUGCUCAAACAGAAUAUUAUGAAUCAGCAACAGAAUUUGUCCGGUCCGAAUCUCUUGGGACUUCUCAAUCAGCCCACCUUCCCGCAGCCAGACCUGGGCCUCCACAGCACCAUACUCAAUAACAAUCCACCCGCGCCCGGCGUGGUGGGCGGCGUGCUGGGCCCGCAGUACCCGCAGCAGUACUACCCGCCCAUGCUGGCCACAGCCAACGAUCUCCUAGCUCAGCAACAAGUCCUGCAGACGUCGGUCAGUGGACAGCUGGGCGGGCCGCUGCUGGGCUUGGGACUUCCUCUCCAGCAUCAGAACAUCGGCCUGGCCCACAACUUGGCGCUCAACCAGAAUCUAAUGGGGCAGAAUCUUACGCACAAUUUGGGUUUAGCUGGGCAGAACUUGUCGCUAGGCGGGCAGACCCUCAUGGGCGGGCAGAAGCUGGGCGUGGGCGGACUGGUCGGACAGAAUCUCUCACAGCUCGUCGCGCACCGAGCUGUCUCGCUCGCCAGGAGGCCCGUCGACAUCGAUAUAGGCAUGAACAACGUAAACUCUACGGGCUCGUCGCAGCCGAGCACGCCCAACAAGAGUCACUCGUACAACGACUACAUGAUCUCCCUGCAACACAAGUUGGCCUCUAUAUCGAACAGCGGUCCUGUAUCUCCCGGCUCUCCGCUCGAGUACAGUCCAGCGUUGUCGCCGACGCAUCGACAGCACACGCAUCAUUUGGCUAAGUCUGACGUAGAGGCGAGCGAGGUGCACAAGUCCCGCCACGUGUCGCAGCUAGCGGAGCUGGACCACGAGCUCAGCAAGAUCAGCCUCCACUACAAGCACGCGCCGCCCAAGGCCGUGUUCAUACAGCACAGCGCCGAGGAGCACGACCUGCUGUCCAGCGACACCGACACGCCCGUCAACGCUUACGAAGGCGAGGUGGGGGGCGCGGGGCGGUUCGUGGUUUCGCGCGCGGCGCCGUGCGCGGGCUACUCGCUGUGCAGGCUGCUGCAGCACGCAGAAAAAGAGAGCGGCGAGGCGGGGUCCGGCGGCGAGGAGACGGAGGGCGGGGAGGGGGCCGACAGCGGGGAGGGGGCGGAGGGCGGCGAGGAGGGGCCCGACACGUACGUCAUCACGCCGCGCCGGGGACCCACCUACCUGCUGGACGACGCGCUGGGGGGCGCGCUCGUCGCCAUCAUCGACCCCACGCCGCACACGCCGGAGAGUCCAAAGACCGUCGGCGCGGAGAGCACGGAGGGCGCCGGCGGGUACCUGGUGCUGGGCGACGCGGCGUGCGUGGUGCUGGAGCCGCGGCUGCCGCUGCUGCAGCACGACGGGUUCUCCGCCUACCACGAGCCCGAGCCGCGCGUCCCCGCGCCACCACCAAGUGCGGAGUUGGUGUCGUGCUCGGAGGAGCUGUCCCGGUGGAGGGGGGCGACGGCGGGGCCGGGGGGGCGGGUGCUGGCGGGCGGCCUGCUCGCGCACGUGCUGCUCGACGAGACGCUCACCGACAAAGCGCUGUGCCGGCAGAUGGUGCUGCUAUCGGUGGAGGCGGCGCAGUUAUGACAUGCCUAGCGAUUCACCUUGUACCUUAUACUAUAUAUUUAUUGUACGUGUAAUAUAAUGCUAUAUAUCAUUACUCGUAAAUUAAAUAUUCACAUGUGAUA